CACGAUCGUACCGUCCUCGUCUUGAUGCUGGACUUCGUGGUUCCUCGGAACCACCCGCUUGCCUUCUUCUCCGAGUUUUUCUCUCCCUACCCGCUUGCCUUCUUCUCCGAGUUUUUCUCUCCCUACCCGCUUCUGUGAUGGCGAGUAGAUUGUGGAGGAUGUAUGCCGACCGGCAGUUCUACAAAUGGGAAAAGACAGUCCUUUGGGAUAUGAUCGAGCCAUAUAGGCGUCCCAAAUCCUUCACCCCUCUUAUCUCGAUCUAUGUUGCUGCCUUCUACACAGGGGUUAUCGGAUCCGCCAUUACCGAGCAGCUUUAUAAGGAAAAAUACUGGGAAGAACAUCCAGGUGAAGCGGUGCCUAUCAUGAGGCCAAAAUUCUAUUGGGGCCCCUGGAAGGUGUAUCAAGGAGGGGAACUUCCUCCAAAUAUGUGAACUUAAUAGUUUCUUGGAUCGUCUUGUUAUUUGGAGUAGAUGGACGCUGCAAGCUGAUUGUGGUUGCAGAUUGGCGUGAUAAUGGUCUUCACUGGUACAAAAGUUCAACUAGAUUUGUCUUGUAUUGUUCAUUUCACAUUUAUGUUUGUGUAUGUACACAUUAAUAGGACCAACUUUAGGACUUCAACAUGAACCUGAAGACCCCGAGAAUCCAAGUACUUCUAUA